UCCUACGUCACAGCCUCGGAUGGGACCCUGAUACCCUUUGGGUACUGAGAUACACUUCACACACACACAGCACUCUGGCAGACUGACAGAGGACAGAGGGACACGGCAAGGAGGAACCUGUUAGAGAACAAUAACAAAGACAAAAGAAAGAACGUAACAGAAGGGUUAAAGAGAGAAGGAAAGAAGGAAAAAGGACUGAAGAAGAGCAGGAACCAGGACGAAGAGAGGUGCUGUGUGCUGUGUUAAAGUGAAACCAUCAACGAAAUCCAGAACCAGUCUGUCCAUUGUACAAUUGUAUUGGUCGACACAAAGCUUCAACAUCCAGCUGAAAAGCAGAAAGGUUCUGCUAACGAUACCGAAGUCAAGCAAACCUCAGUAAGUCAUCCCAGAGCAAACCAACUCAAUCAAACUAAAGUCAAAAGUUACCAAGAACCAACCUCAAAGGUCAAAGAUGGCACCCAAGAAGAAGGCCUCACGUCCGAAGAAGCCUGCAGUGGAAACAAACCCUGAGGUCGCUCCGGUCCAGCUGAAGGUGGAGAGCCGGGGUGAUGGCGUGGUGGUGAUGGAGACCGGGGUGAAGAUGAUCGAGCAGAUGGCGGCGCUAGACAUCGCCAAGCUGAACAGCCUCAACCUGCCGCUGCCUCUGCCGCCUCCCGUCAUCAAGCCCGGAGAGAGAGGCCUCGGGCUGGGCUGUGAGCUGACCCGACCCCUGCAUGGGAACGCCGUGCUGGAGGAGUUCAGCAAGAUGCGCCAGGAGAAGUUCCUGACUGAUCUGGAGUUGGCCUGUAAGACCAAAGCCUUCGACGUCCACAAGCUGGUCAUCUCCUCCGUCAGUCAGUACUUCAGGGAGAUUCUGGCCAAAGACCCCAGCAUGAAGCGCCUGGAGCUCCCCUCCCUCUCACCGCUGGGCCUGGCUAAUGUCAUCACCUUUGCUUACCUGGGCCGCGUCCACAUGUCUCUCUACACCAUUGGCUGCACCGCCUCUGCCGCCGCCACCCUGCAGAUCCCUCAGCUCCUGAAGAUGUGCAUGGACUUCCUGUUGGCCGAGCUCAACGUGCAGACCUGCGUCUACAUCUGGAACAUCGCUUCCGCCUACGGCCUGCUGCCCGUCUGCGAUGCCGCCCGCCGCUUCGUCCUGGAGAACUUUGUGCAGUUCGCAGACACACCGCUCUUUACUCAGCUGACCCUGGAGCAGAUCUCUGCCUUCCUGCAGGACGACUCACUGCUGCUGCCGUCAGAGGUCACCGCUUUCCAGCUGGCCAUGAGGUGGCUGGACUUCGAUGCCUCUCGUCAGGCUCACGCUGCAGAGCUUCUGUCUCUCAUCCGCUUUGAGACGAUCCCUGCCAGCGAGCUGGUGAGUCAAAUUCAGCCGGUGCCUCGAAUGAUGAUGGACCCUCAGUGUCACCGCCUGCUGGUGGACGCCAUGAACUACCACCUCCUGCCCUACCAGCAGAACACCCUGCAGUCCAGACGCACUCAGGUGCGAGCUGGUCAGCAGACUCUGCUUACCGUCGGGGGUCGACCCUCGCUCACUGAGAGAGCUCUCAGCAGGGAGGUGCUGUGGAGGGAUCCUCGUGAAAGCGGAGCCACUUGGCGUCACCUCACCCAGCUGCCUGCAAAGAGCUUCAACCAGUGUGUGGCUGUGAUGGACGGAUUCCUGUACGUGGCUGGAGGAGAGGACCAGAACGAUGCCCGCAACCAGGCCAAGCAUGCAGUCAGCACACUCAGCAGAUACGACCCUCGCUUCAACACCUGGCUCCACCUGGCCAGCAUGCGUCAGCGCCGCACCCACUUCUCUCUGGCAGCCAGUGGUGGCCGCCUGUUUGCCAUUGGAGGCCGCAAUGUGGAGGGUCUGCUGGCCACCACCGAGAGCUACCUGCCAUCCUCUAACACCUGGCAGAUGCGUACUCCCAUGGAGGUGCCACGCUGCUGCCACUCCAGCGCCACCCUGCCUUCUGGAGACAUCCUGGUGACCGGGGGCUACAUCAACUGUGCCUACUCCCGCUCUGUGGCCUGCUACAAGGUGGAUACCGACACCUGGAGCGAGUGCGCCUCCAUGGAGACACCCCGCGGCUGGCACUGCUCCACCACCCUCGGAGGAAAGGUGUAUGUGGUGGGAGGAAGCCAGCUGGGGCCUGGUGGUGAGAGGGUGGAUGUAGUCUCUGUGGAGGUCUUCGAGCCAGAGGGCCGCACAUGGAGCCGGGCCGCCCCUCUGCCCCUCGGCGUGAGCACCGCCGGUCUGUCCCCGCUGAAUGAGAAGCUGUACCUGCUGGGCGGGUGGAAUGAGGCGGAGAAGCGCUACAAGGCAGCCGUGCAGAAGUACGACCCUGCCACCGACAGCUGGUCCAUCGCAGAGGAUCUACCCGAGCCCACGGUGGGAGUGUCCUGCUGCACCCUGACCCUGCCGCCUCGCCCUGCGCCGCGCCGCCAGCAGCACCGCAACACCCCUGCCCACGAAGAGCAGCAGCUGAAGAACCGGAGCAGAGAGAGCAGCAUGGCUCCUUCACAGACCAUCACAGCGUAGAGAAGCAGAAAGGAAGAGUGGGGAGGGUUUAACCUCUGGGGAACAUGUGGAUCAUGUCUGCUCCUUAUUAUUUGGUGUGAAAAAAUAACUGUCUUAAAACUUAUUUCAGAAUUAACCCAAAACAAAAGCUUUAUUUAACACCUGAAAGUUUUAAAAUAAGAGAGGAGACUUUAAUCCUUACUGUUCAGAGUAAAUAUAUGGCCUGUUUGCUGUAGAUUCACACAUUUUAUAUGAAACUUUUUUUAUCCCUGAAUGUUCCUGGAAGUGAUUUUGAGGAGCCCACUAAAAAUGUCUGCUUCAAAACCAUCUGCAGACAGAGAUGAUUCAUUUCGGGCAAAGCAAUAAUAAAAAAAAAGAGAGCUUAUGUGGUCCAAAGUGAUCUCAGGAGGUUUUAAAUUUGAGGAAAAGGUAGAAAAAGGCUGGAUUGUAGAGUGGAGGAGGAGGCGGAGGUGGAGAGGUGAUGGGUGGAGGAGGAUGAAUCUGUGUUUGAGCGGGUUUGGGGUCGAGCAAAAAUGUCACUGUGAAUCCACUGGCAGUUUGUGUACAAAGAUGUAACUAAGCAGAAUGUGUGACAUGACACUGUAAAAAUAGAGUGAGUAUGGCUGUGUGUGUGUGUCUGACUGUGUGUGUGUGUGUGUGUGUGUGUGUGUGUGUGCAAGAGAAGAGUGACUGUCAGGAGUGUGAGUUGACGCUAAGGGAAAAUGAGGCAAUUUCCACAAAAACUGCAGUCAUCAAUAUUUCUCAACAGCAAAUAUUUCUCUCGAGGACAAACGCAGGCCAGCAGUAAACAACAUGUGUUUAUUGUUUUUUCAUUAUUUAAUGAUUUAAUGGAUGUGGAGUAGUUUAGAUCAACAGAAAAAAUAGAAAAAAAUAUGCAGUAGUGGUUCUUAAAAAUAGAUAUUUUAUAAGUGCAAUGGAGUGGAAGGACGAAAACGUUAAAAUAAGAGGAAGGAAAUGUGACGCCGACACGACACAGGUGAGAUUUAAGUGGGAAUAAAGAUUAAAGCUGUUCAAGUGGAAACAUUUAUCACUUUAAUAUAUCCAAAAAGAGGAAAAAUAACUUAAAAAAAGAAGGGGUAAAUUGUAACUUCUCACCUGUGUUUGUGUUUCAACAUUUACCUCCUCUGACGUCUAAUUUUUACUGAAACGAAGACAAACUACCGACUGAAGCACCAGUGAGACUCCAGAAGGUGAAAAGACGCACUGCGGUCAGCUGUUGAGUGCAUGCAGAGUUAAUGAUCAAUGAGGACAAUCGGGCUCGUUUGAUUGGCUGAAUCCCCUCUGAAUUUGUCUCCUUCUUGGCACUGGAUGAGCUCUGGGCUGCGGGUUUCACUGAAUAAAAGCCAACGUGUUAAAAACUA